ACUACUGCUAUAUAAUUGAGACUUGAGAGAGAGAGAGCAGCGUAGGAGGGAAAACAAGAGCACCCAAAAGGAGCGAAGAAGAAGCUUUACUACUCCCUUCUCACCGUUGCCAAGAUGAGUACCAUGAAAUUUUGCCGCGAAUGCAACAACAUUCUGUACCCUAAGGAAGACAGAGAUCAGAAGAUUCUUCUCUACGCAUGCCGCAACUGCGACCAUCAGGAGGUUGCUGAUAACUUCUGUGUGUAUAGGAACGAGAUACAUCACUCUGUAGGAGAGCGCACUCAAGUGUUGCAGGAUGUGGCUGCAGAUCCAACGCUUCCUCGAACUAAGGCCGUUCGCUGCACUCAAUGUAAUCAUGGUGAAGCUGUCUUUUUCCAGGCAACGGCCAGAGGGGAAGAAGGAAUGACACUUUUUUUUGUUUGCUGCAACCCCAACUGUGGAUUCCGGUGGAGAGACUAAAACUUGUGCUUCCUCAGAUCAAGUUCUUGAUCAAAUGAUUAGAAUAGUUGAUGGACAAUCUAUUAUUGGUCACUGCUGAUAAAUUUUCUGGAUUAGAGUUUUUUGGUUUAUUGUAAGGAAAAAAACAAGGAGUGACACUGAUUUUCUGGAUGGGCCUAAAUUUCAUGGUGGAGAGUUAUCAGUUAGGAAUCAAAAUGCCUGGCUUUUUUGUUGUGCCGUGUGAUACUAUUUGAUAUAAAGGUGUAUUCAAAGUUGAAUUGGAUUAUUCUUUUUCUUUUUGGCAAGGGGUGACAAUGAUUAACACAGGAAUAUAAGCCAUCCGAGAUUUUGUAUAAAAUCAGUCCUAAAAGUAACGUUGUAGAUUUGGACUCCUAAAAUUGUUAGUAUACAGAUUAGUCUUUAAAUUUGUCAGGAUCUUUACACUUUAAUUUAUAAUUGUCAAUCAAG